GAGAAGGAGGAGGAGAGGAGAAGGAAGGGGCCUCUGGUGAAGGCAGACCCGGCUCUGGCUGCGAAGGAGAAGGAGAAGAAGGCGCCCAGGGCUGAGGAGAGAGAGAGAGAAGGGGAGGGAAGGGAAGGAGCGACGUCGUCUAGGGCUCUUUCCCCGGCGUCCCUCGCUUUCCAACGCGGAGAGGCGGCUCCUGCUCCGUCCUCGGUCUGUUUCUUCUCAGCCUGGAGGCUCUCCCCCUCUGCCUCUGCCUCCAUGGAGGGGCGGCCGAGGCCCCGGCGGCGAUGAUGAAGGGAGACGCCGCCGCCGCCGCCUGAGGGAGGGAGGGAGGCAAGUAGGGCGCCACAGGUGCCGAGAGGAGAGCGGGAGCAUGGCGGCGCUGGAGAAGGUCCCCUCGGUCCUCGAAGUGUUCUUGAUAACUAUACUGGUAGUGGAAGGGAUUGCUGUGGCUCAAAAGACUCAAGUUGGGCAGAAUAUUGGAAGUAACCGCAUGGCAUCUACCCAGUGUAGUGACUGGGUACGAACAAGCAAUGGAGGCCACUUUGCUUCACCAAACUUUCCUAAAUUCUACCCACCCAACCAGGAGUGUGUCUAUAUUUUAGAAGCUGCCCCACGCCAAAGAAUUGAAUUGACUUUUGAUGAUCCAUACUACAUAGAGCCUUCAUUCGAAUGUCGGUUUGAUCACCUAGAGGUUCGAGAUGGACCAUUCGGUUUCUCGCCACUCAUCGAUCGAUACUGUGGUCUAAAAAGUCCCACCUUAAUUAGAUCAACAGGCAGAUUUAUGUGGAUAAAGUUUACUUCAGAUGAAGAACUAGAAGGAGAAGGGUUUAAAGCAAAGUAUUCAUUUAUACCAGACCCUGACUUCACAUACCUAGGAGGUAUUUUAAAUCCCAUUCCAGAUUGCCAAUUUGAGCUCUCAGGAGCUGAUGGGAUAGUACGGUCCAGUCAGGUAGAACAGGAAGAGAAAACAAAGCCUGGACAAGCAGUGGACUGCAUAUGGACAAUUAAGGCUACUCCAAAUGCCAAGAUUUAUUUAAGAUUUCUAGACUAUCAAAUGGAACAUUCAAAUGAAUGCAAGAGAAACUUUGUGGCUGUGUAUGAUGGAAGCAGUUCUAUUGAAAACUUGAAAGCAAAGUUUUGCAGCACAGUGGCAAAUGAUGUUAUGUUACAAACUGGAAUUGGAGUGAUACGGAUGUGGGCAGAUGAAGGCAGUAGAUUAAGCAGGUUCAGAAUGCUCUUCACAUCAUUUGUAGAUCCUCCCUGCUCAGGUGGCACUUAUUUUUGCCAUAGCAACAUGUGCAUCAAUAAUUCUCUUGUCUGCAACGGCAUUCAAAACUGUGCAUAUCCUUGGGAUGAAAAUCAUUGCAAAGAAAAGAAGAAAACAGGGUUAUUUGAACAAAUAACCAAAACUCAUGGAACAAUAAUUGGGAUUACUUCAGGGAUUGUCUUGGUUCUUCUCAUCAUUUCAAUCCUGGUUCAGGUCAAGCAGCCUCGCAAGAAGGUGAUGGCUUGCAAAACUACUUUCAAUAAAACUGGCUUCCAGGAGGUUUUUGAUCCUCCUCAUUAUGAGCUGUUUUCACUGAGAGACAAAGAGAUUUCUGCUGACUUGGCUGACCUCUCUGAAGAACUUGAAAACUACCAGAAAAUGAGGCGUUCUUCAACAGCUUCAAGGUGCAUCCAUGAUCAUCAUUGUGGCUCCCAAACUGUGACAGUAAAGCAAAGUAGGACCAACCUCAGUUCAAUGGAACUUCCUUUCCGCAAUGAUUUUGCACAACCACAGCCAAUGAAGACCUUUAAUAGCACUUUCAAAAAAAGUAGCUAUACUUUCAAGCAGGCUCAUGAGUGCCCAGAGCAGGUGAUAGAAGACAGGGUGAUGGAAGAGAUUCCUUGUGAAAUCUAUGUGAGGGGUCGGGAGGAUGCUGCUCAGGGUUCAUUAUCAAUUGACUUUUAGCCUCCUUUUAAAGGUUGAAAUGUGUGUGUGUACAUAUAUAUAUAUAAUUCAUGUGUGUAUACAAUAAUGUACCAUAUGGAAUUUGAUGGAGACGUAAGUAUUCAUACUUUCUUAAAAGCUUGUUUAAUUACUUCCCCCCAAAGCUAUUCUCCUCAUAAACCACUCCUCCCGUUUGAAUAGGCCAACUGGUUGAAGAAAAAUACAGUAGGUUUUGCAUGAGACUUCAACUACCUUUUAUUUAGGGGGAGAAAACUACAAACCCAAAAUAUAAAACCUCUGGUCACUGACAGCAUAUAUUCUCUACCUUGGUUCAUAUCAUUUUUCUUCUUUCAGGUACUCUUCCAAGUCAGAACCUUAAUUACUUUAGUUAUAAAAAGAAGCAAGUGGGCAUGGGCACAGGAGUAUUUAUAAUAUUUGUUCAAAUUUUAGCUACAGUCACUGUGGUAAGUGCCAAUUAAGACUCAAAUAAGUGACAAUACAUCCAUUUGGUUCAUCUUGACUGAUUUUAUAUUGCCUUUCUAAUUACCGACUCCUUAAAAACCAAACCUAAAGCUUUCUUUUCCCGCAAACAAACAGUAGAUGGGGUGCUUGUGCUGGUAACUUGGGUCCAAUGUUGUAAGUACAGCAUACCAGUACACAACUUUUGUACAAGU